UGACAAUAUGCGGGAUUGUAGACGUGUAAUGGAUAGAAAAAUGUAUAAGGUUGUUGUUUAUUUCGUUAUAUUUAUACAUUUUGAUUAUUUGUCAGCUUCAGGAACUGAUGGAACUAUUGACUUUUCUAAGUAUCAUCAUUAUGAGGACCUGUCAAAGUUUCUUCAUGACAUGGCGUCUAAAUACCCUAAAAUAUCUCGCCUUCAUACCAUUGGUAAAAGUGUGAAAAACAGGGACUUACUUGCUCUUCAGAUUACAGACAAUAUAGAGGGAGUGGAACCUGGAGAACCCAUGUUCAAAUACGUUGGCAAUAUGCACGGAAAUGAAGCGGUAGGGAGAGAAAUUCUUAUUUAUCUUAUCCAGUAUCUCCUGGAAAACUAUGAAAAAGAUGACAGAAUCACUGCUCUUGUGAAAAAUACAAACAUUUAUAUCAUGCCCACCAUGAAUCCUGAUGGCUUUGAAAAUGCCAUUGAAGGUCAAUGUAGGGGAGAGACUGGAAGGGCAAAUCAAAAUAAUGUGGAUCUUAACAGAAAUUUUCCUGAUCAGUUUGUUGGAAACCCUAAGAAUAGUAUACAACCAGAAACCAAAGCAUUGAUGGAUUGGAUUGAAGGACAGAAGUUUGUCCUUUCAGCAAAUCUUCAUGGAGGGAGUGUGGUGGCUAGUUAUCCAUUCGAUGACUCCGCUGACCAUAGGUUGGGUGGAGAAUAUAGUGCUGCUCCGGAUGAUGCUGUAUUCAAACAACUUGCUCAUGUUUAUGCUAACAACCAUAGAACAAUGAAGUCUGGGAAACACUGUGGAGAAUAUUUUCCACAUGGUGUUACUAAUGGUGCACAUUGGUAUGAUGUUCCAGGUGGAAUGGAGGACUACAAUUAUCUCCACAGCAACUGUAUGGAAAUUACCAUUGAGCUGUCUUGUUGUAAAUAUCCUAAAGCAUCACAACUGAAAGAGGAAUGGUACAACAAUAAAGAGGCAUUAUUGUCCUUCAUGGAAGAGGUGCACAAAGGGGUAAAAGGGUUUGUUCAGGAUGCAGAGACGAAGAAUGGAAUAAGAAAUGCUGUAAUUAUGGUGGAAGGGAUCAAGCAUAACAUCACAUCCUCGUUUUUUGGGGACUACUGGCGCCUUCUAGUACCCGGUACUUACAAGAUGACAGCUAUAGCUGAAGGCUUCCAACCACAGACAAAAACUGUGACUGUGAAUGCUGGACCAGCUACUGAGAUGAGUUUUAUGCUGGUCAAAAGGGGGACUAAUGUGGACAGUAAUGUACCAAAGAUUGGAGAGAGUAUAUCAACAACGCAGGAACCAUCAAGUAUCAAAUCCUCUGCGACUCCUAUGGACAAGUCCAAAAACACUCCUACUCCCAUGGUACCUACAACUCCAGACACCAGCAUACCAGAGGAACCCAACACCCUAGAAACCCUGGUCCAGCAUAUCAACAAAAUCAAGGAUUACUCACACAGAGAAAAAGUCAACUUCAUUGAACCAAAGGAAUUUCACCAUCAUAAUUAUGAAGCAAUGGAAAAAUUUAUGACAAGUUUUAAUAAGAAGUAUCCAAACAUUACAAAACUGUACAGUAUUGGACUUAGUGUGCAAGGCAGACAUUUAUGGGUGUUGGAAAUCACUGAUCAUCCUGGAAAACAUGAACCUGGAGAACCAGAAUUCAAGUAUAUUGGAAAUAUGCAUGGCAAUGAAGUUGUUGGAAGAGAAAUUCUCCUCAACCUUAUUCAGCUUUUGUGUGAAAAUUACAACAAAAACCAUUUCCUGACUCUAAUGGUGAAUUUAACAAGGAUCCACAUAAUGCCAUCAAUGAAUCCAGAUGGAUAUGAAAUAGCAAGAGAGGGUGAUGUACAGGGAGUUGUUGGGAGAACAAAUGCUCAUGGCAUUGACCUCAACCGGAAUUUCCCUGACCAGUACCAGACAACUCAGAUCAAUAAACACCAGGAACCAGAAACCCAGGCAGUCAUGUCCUGGUUACAGAAAUACCCCUUUGUCCUGUCAGCAAACCUACAUGGAGGGUCACUCCUGGCUAACUACCCUUACGAUGAUACUCGUAGUGGCUAUUCCGUCUACAGUAGGAGCCCAGAUGAUGGAGUUUUUAAAGUUAUUUCAGAGGCUUACUCUUUGGCUCAUUCCACAAUGCAUCAAGGACAUCCAUGUCCAAAUAUUGACGGUGAAUACUUUAAAGAUGGUAUAACAAAUGGUGCUCAGUGGUACAGCGUGUCUGGUGGCAUGCAAGACUGGAAUUACCUGCACACUAAUUGUUUUGAAAUAACAAUAGAACUUGGCUGUACAAAAUUCCCAUUGACCAAAGACCUGCCCAGUUACUGGUCUGCCAAUAAAUUUGCCUUGCUAGAAUACAUGGGACAGGUACAUAAAGGGGUCAAAGGCUUUGUUAUGGACACACACCCAGACAGUCCCUUGGUGAAUGCUGCCAUUUCUGUGGAGGGAAUUGAUCAUCAGAUUCACACAGCUAGUGACGGAGACUACUGGAGAUUACUAGCACCAGGAAACUACAAAAUCACAGCGUCGCAUGAAGGUUAUAAUUCUCAGACCAUUCAAGUGCAUGUAACCUCUGAUGUCGCUGUUGAGGUUAACUUCACAUUGUCUCGAAAUGAACUCGACCAGUGGUCACAAAACCAGGACUUUGACAUCAAGGAAAACAUGCAGAGAGUUUACACAAACAACACAGAUCUUCUGGCUGAGAUGAGAAGUUUGGCUGAAGGUCAUCCGAAAAUUAUGGAAGUCACAGAACUUUCCACAAACUUGAAAAGAUCGGUUUCACCAAAUGCACCUUAUAUGGUCCAUUUGUCAGCUAAUUUAGAUAAGCAUGAAGAUGAGAAACCACACGUACUUCUGAUUGGGGGGUUUUAUGAUGGCAAAAGUCCAGUUGGAGCUCAGUUAUUGACGAGAUUUAUCCGACGUCAAGUAAAAGGUUAUGAACUGAAAGACUCUGAAACCAUGAAAAUGUUUCAGGAAAUUCACCUCCAUAUCAUUCCAAACAUUAAUGUUCCAUCUCCAGAGGAGGAGAGAAAGGUCCUUCAAAACCACAGCUGUGUUGCAGAUCCCAAUGGAUUAAUGUUUAAUUCUUCUUAUCCAGCAAAUUUGCUACAUCAGUUGAAAGAACAACACAAAUUUGAUGUCAUUUUGACUGUUGACUCUGGUGGUCUUUUUGUAAUGAUGUCAUUUGAGAGGUUACAUAAUGGGGUAGCAGCAACAGAAGAUGAGGAAGUUUUCCAGUCGCUUGCCCACGCUUUUGCCGACCAAUAUCCAGAGAUCUACCAGCCAGAUGCUUGUAUAACAUCACCUAAUCAUGGCAUCUUCCACGGGGCUGAACUCCACAGUCAAACAUCUGGUAUCCUAGAUGACAUGUAUACAAACGGCCAUUCCUACAUGAUUUCUGCCUUUGUGAGCUGCUGUAGACUCCCACCUCCAGACCAGUUACCAAAACUAUGGAUGAAAACCAUGCAACCAUUAAAACAACUGGUACUGAGAAGUAAAGAAGGUGUGUCGGGGCAGGUUUUGGACAGCAAUGGUAGAGUGGUGAAGAAUGCCACUAUAACAGUAGACAGUAAGACUGGGAUAUUUACAGCAGCAGAGGAUGGCCAUUUCUAUAUCCCCCUCACUCAGGGUCUACAGACUAUUCAUGUUAAAGCUGAAGGAUUUGAACCACAAUCACAUCAAGCUGUUAUCCAGAAAGAUACUACCUCAAAAGUCCAGGUACGAUUGAAUACUGAAUUGAAGGAAAUUGGAUACCACAAAGAAGCCACAAUGAAGGAAUUCCUCCUGAAUAUCUCCAAACAGUGUCAGGAACUGGUCAAUGUCCACAGCCUUGGCAAAUCUUCAAAUAAUAAAGAUAUAUGGAUGUUGGAUUUUGGGAGCAAAAAGGAAAAACAUACAUUACAAACACACAUGCUGUUUUUGGCUGGUAUCCAUGGUAAUGAAGUUGUUGGACCGGAGAUCUUGCUGCAGCUGGCCAGUGAGUUGUGUGAAUCAUAUGGGAAAGACUCUAUUUUAACAAAGAUGGUGAAUAUAUCAAAGGUCCAUAUCCUCCCUGUCCUUAACCCAGAUGGAGCUGCAGUUGCCUCCCCUGAUGGCUGCAAUGACACCAAGGGCAAAACCAAUGCCAAAAAUGUUGACCUACUUUUAAACUUCCACACUGAUGAAAACAGGAUGAAAGAAGUUCAAACAGAGACACAUUUAUUGAUGGACUGGAUGAUGAAGGUUCACCCUACUCUGACAUUUUUGUUUAGAAGUGGAUACCAGGGUGUCAGUACUCCAGCAUAUGUGAAUCUGAACCGUCAAGAGAAGCUGGCAUUUGAUAAUCUUGGCAGUAAAUUCACCAGUAUACUUUCAACAAUAGAGGAAACUGGAAAGAAGGGCUGCAAAAAAGGCAGUGAUACCUCCUCCAACAGCAGUUUUCUAGAAUAUGCCUAUAAACACUGUCAUUCCAUUCCUAUGGAGAUUUCCACAGGAUGUUGUCAUCACCCAAAUGAAGAUCAACUCCUCAACAUUUGGCAUAAACUCAGGGAGCCCAUGUUAGACAUGGUUACAGAGGCUAAUAAAGGUUUUAGUGGAGUAGUAGUAGACAAAGAAAAUAAAAAUCCAAUGAUAAAUGCCACAAUAAGAGUCAAGGGCUUUAGUUGGACGUACCAAGUAAAUGAAGAGGCUAAGUUCCAUGUUUAUCUUCCACCGGCGAGCUACCAAGUCAUGAUCAAGUGUCAUGGCUACCAAGACAAGAAAAUGAGUAUUAAGGUGCCAAAUACAGAAGAAGGGCGAUAUGAAACUGUGAUUAUGCUGGAAUCACCAAACACCAUAUUGGGGUUUUCUCAGACCGCAUUUGUUGUCGUUACCUCCCUUAUUAUAUUGAUACUGUUGCUGUUAUGUACUGGAAUAAUCUGUGUAAAAGCCAGAGCUUCCAAGAAAACGGCAGGAUUUUCCCGACUUAAAUUUGAUGAUGAUGAAGAAGAUUUUGAUGAAUAUUAUGACAAUGGAUCAACAAAGAAGUUCAUGAACAAGGAAUACCAUGACUACAGUUCAGACGAGGAUAAUAUGUUUGAUAAAAAGUUACUAAAGAAUUCACAGUAAAUUGUUAGCUAGGGUAUCUACUAGUGUUCAGAGUCAAUUUCUUGUUCUUCUUAGAAACUGACGAAAUUAACUGUUUCACAUUUAUUAUUGGCAAAAAAAUUUUGUGUAUGAACUUAUGCAAAAUGGAUUCUGUAUUCAGCUACCAAUAUUGCUUUUUCAUGUGUCAAGGUUUGUAUAUUUGAUUUCAGUGGUAUUUAGUCCUUAAGUGCAAUCAUUUUAUGUUAAAACCUUGUCUUUAUGGUACUGGUCAAAGACCAGGAGUGUCCACCGUCCAUCUGUCUAGCGUUCUGUUAGUUUUUAAAAAGUGCCUAAUGUCUUUGUUCAAUUUCAACAAAACUACUAGUAAACAAGGAUAAGACAGAUAAUUCAUUUGAUGAGUUUUUGAUGCCAAUGAAUGGUGUUAUGACAAUUUUUUU